AGGCCUUUGAAGGACCGCUGCUCCAGGCGUGUGAAGAAGAUGAAGCAACGUUCCAGUUCGUCGAUUGUCUGGCCCCAGGCACCGACAGCCGCCAUGUGAUCAAACGACACGUGAUGAGAGAGUAUAUAAAGCGCACGAAGAAACAGAAGACGGAGACGGCGAAGACGACGAGGACGCCGACAGAGGCGUUGGGAACAGCACGGCUGCUGGAGCGUCCGUGGCUUGGCCGUGUAGGGGACGUAGACCCCUUCGAUGCGUUUCCCAUCCGCAUGGAAGCGUAUAUGAUGAACCUCCUUGACUUUUAUUCGACGGCGGGGUCCCAGGCCCUGUAUCUGAUAGAGAGCCAGACGGCGUACGACCCCAUCAAAUCGUACUGGCUGCCCUUGGCGUUUGGCCAUGCGGCGCUGCUCCAUUCAGUCAUUGCCUGUGCCGCUGCCAUUGCGUCUGGGUCGUUUCAUGACCGGCUCGCAGUGUUUCACCUGAAUGCAGCAAUCCGUUUGCUCAACCGGGACCUUGAAGGGACCUCGUCUCGAGCAACGUCUGACGCCAACAUCGCUGUUGUGUGUACAGUAGCCAUGAUCGAGGAAAAUACCGGCUAUCACCAGAAUUGGAGAAUCCACAUGAAGGGACUGCGCGAGCUUGUACAGCUACGUGGCGGACUCAACGCAUUCAUCUCUUCGCCCUUGAUCUUGAACAAAAUACAACGAGCCGAUCUGUGUGGGUGCAUCGAGACCGGCGAGAGACUGUACUUUAGCGACGACUUUUCAAAGUUCCCUCAUCCCCAUAUUGGUUUAGACUGUGGUCUUUCGAAAGCGUUGCAGACGGUGAUCUGUCCUAAUGACCGGAUGACAAGCCUAAUUGCGCGGCUUGCACACACUGUCCAAUCGUUGAACCAGCUCUGUGAAGGAGACGACACGAUCAAUCCCACCGCGGUUCGCACUGCCCUCACCUUCCUCCAAUAUGAUAUGCUAUCCCUCGAAUGUGACUCUAUACUUUCUAAGAUGCUCCGCACAGCGCUGCUUCAGCUCCUAUGGACUAUUGCAGAGAAACUUCCCCAUAAAUCUGCCUUUGGGACUGGCAGCAACGUCUUGCAGCUCAGGAUCAAGUCGUUGAUUGAACAGACUCAGAAUGAGCAUAUCUAUUGUAAUGAUGACGGCUUUAACAACUUUCAGUUAUGGGUCUUGCUCUUAGCAGGAUGCUCAACAUCCAACAACCCUCCUCUCAAGAACUGGUACCUGUCGUCUAUUCAGUCGCUCGGAUUAUCCAUGGAUCUGUGCGGCCGUGACUGGGCCGACGUCAAGGGCCGAGUGCAGUCUUUUUUCUGGGUCCCUAGGCUUUAUGGAAACGCUUUUGAGAUGGUAUGGAACGAGGCAAAUUGUUUUGAAAAACAUGCCACAGUUUUACCACUCCUACCUAAAUAAUGAAUAAUGUCAAGUUGUCAUUCUCAUCCCAUGGAAUAGAAUAUAAGUGAGCUCGAAGCAA